UCAUUCUAUUUUGUGUCUUUCUGUUCAGCUUCCUUGUGUUUCUGAGGUACCAGAUCUAUUAUGGUUACCCUCUGCAGACAUACCUGGAAUAUCCCAUCAUCAUUGCACAAGAUGUCAUUCUCCUUUUGUUUAUUCUGCAUUUCAAUGGAAACAAGAAACGAGCUUUGUUCUAUGCAGUCAUAUUUUGGGGGGGCUGGUAUGUGCUAACACUGCGGAAGUGGAUAAUAGACCUGGCCUUGAAUUUGUGCACAUUCAUCAGUGCAGCCAGUAAGCUGGCUCAACUGCGGUGUCUCUGGCAGACAAAAGAUUCUGGACAAGUCAGCGCCUUGACCUGGAGUAUGUCUGCAUAUACCUGUGCAACAAGAAUAUUUACAACCAUAGUGACUACGAAUGAUCUCGGGGUUCUCAUCCGUUUCAUAACCAUGCUCAUUCUCAAUAUUUGGGUCACAGCCACAAUCCUGCACUACAGGAAGACUAAAAAGACUGAUUAG